AUGAUUCUUUCAAAAUAUUCGAUUCUACUACAGGCAGACUCUGCUAUGAACGAGGCAACUAUUGGGGCUUUUGUUAUUGUUGAGAUGUUGUAUAGCUCAGAUCUACUUGCAAUUGUUGGAGCUGGUGAACAGGCUUCUCUAUCCCCACGGCGACUAUGUUUAUUCAAGACCACAACGGGUUCUCCCCUUAGGGAAUUGAACUUUUUAACUUCUAUACUCGCUGUUCGUAUGAAUAAGAAAAGACUUGUUGUUGUGCUGCUAGAGAAAACAUUUGUGUACGACUUGAAUACUCUUGUCAUGCUUGAUACUAUCGACACCGUGCCAAAUCCAAAAGGUCUCUCUGCGUUCUCUCCAUGUCUUGAAGGCUGCUACUUGGCUGUCCCGGCUAGUGCGACGAAAGGAUCUGUUUUGGUGUAUAACGUCAUGGAUUUGCAGUCUCACAGUGAGAUAGAUGCACAUCGUUCUCCAUUGGCUGCGAUUGCCCUCUCUUCUAAUGGAAUGUACAUUGCUACAGCAUCUGAGCAAGGAACUUUGAUCCGAGUCCAUCUUGUUUCAGAAGCAACCAAGUCAUAUAGUUUCAGGAGAGGAACAUACCCAUCAACAAUAUAUUCACUCUCUUUUGGACCAUCGGAACAGCUUCCGGAUAUAUUGAUUGCAACGAGUUCUUCAGGCUCCAUUCAUGCCUUCUCUUUAAAGUUGGCCAUAAACCAAAGAAGCAAAAGGUCGACUAGCUUUCUUGGCUCGGUUCUUCCCGAUAGCGUGAGCGAUGCACUAGAUCCAGCGCAUCAUCAUGUGCUUCAAAAUGCAGUUUCUUCCGGACUUAGAAGUUAUGCAGUGGUUAGAAAGAUAGACAAACUUGAAGAAACAUCAUCUCCAUCUCAGUUUACAUCUCUUAGGGCGACAGUAUCGGUGAUUACAUAUAGUGGGUAUUUCCAGGAGUAUACGCUAAGUAUCAAUAACAAGAAUGAAUCUUUAUGGACACUAGAACGUGAAUUCAAUCUCUGCUCCAUAACCAACAGGUGA